AUGCAAGUAUCAACAGUCUACCGCGCUGCUCUCCUCCAACUCUCCGUCAAUCCCCUAUUCGCGCGCGCAUCGACCUCGUCUCUCAUCGUCACCUCCCAAACACAAAGCACCCGCCUGUACAGCAUCCUCUUCCCCCAGUGCCCACCAACCUACAAACCAUCCUACACAAGCCCGGCCUCCCAGAUCCGCACAAUGAGCGACUUCACAUCCCCCGACUCAGCCUCUAUGGCCAACACCCCGGCACAGAGUUCAUCCACAGACCAAUCCAAAUCCCAAUCGGAACCCAUCAGAGUUCCAGAACAAAUGUACCUGCCAGAAAGCGCAUCCACAGAGAACGCCCAAGGCUCCAACUCAGGCGGAAUAAAACUCGAUAUGAGCACCGGCGGAACGGAAAUGAAACUAGACCAUUUGGGACCGAUGGUCGUUAACACCGAUGGAACAUUAUCGCAGAUCGGAAACUGGCAACAGAUGAGCGAGAUCGAGCAAAAGAAUACGCUGCGCAUUAUCAGCAAGCGGAAUAAGUCGCGGCUGGCGGCUUUGAAGGCCAAGGAGGAGGCAAAUGGAAAUGCAAACGUCCCUGAAAAUGCAUAA